CUGCAUGGACACACAGAAGCUCACUUGCUUUCUCUUUCACUGCUCUAUAUCCUGUCUUUUCCGGACAGAACAGCACUUGUUUUGUGGACUUUCUUUGUGUUUUCUUCUUUGAGGUUAAACAGUCUUAACCUUUUUCCCCCCUCACCCUCUUGGGUCUUUUUUCCUGUUGGGAUUUUUUUUUCCUCUGCCUGAUCCCCUGCUCUCCUGUGUGCUUAUCAACCUUUCCUUUUCCCCCUGCUCUCCUUUUCCUCCCAUCUUCCACCGUUCCCUGUCUUCUUGUACGUGUUUUUUGGGCUAUGCUCUCCUCACCCACUGUGAUUCUCCAGCCGUAUGGACUCCCUGUCUACCCACAGACAACCACAUGCUACCCCAGCAUAGUUCAGGGAGGCCCCACUCAGGAGGCCGGCCCCGGCAGCGGCGACCCCGCCCUGCCUCAGGUCUAUGCCCCUCCUCCCUCCUACCCCCCUCCUGGUCAAGGUCCGCCAACAUCUGCGGGCAGACUGCCACCUCUUGACUUCACCUCUGCACACCCGAGUUCAGAGUACCCCGAACAUCCCCAACUCAGAGUGUAUCAGGGCCCCCAGCUCGACGGGGCCGACACUCUGACAUCCAGUAACACGGAGGAUGUUUUGGCCCCUGUGACCUCUGACCCCCAGUCUCUGAGCGUGUCCGUGUCAUCAGGGGGCGGAGCAGGAAGCGGAAGUGACGAGGAGGGGUCAGGUAAGGCCCAACCGAAACGCCUCCACGUCUCCAACAUCCCGUUCCGCUUCAGAGACCCAGACCUCCGCCAGAUGUUUGGGCAAUUUGGGAAGAUCCUUGAUGUAGAAAUUAUCUUCAAUGAGAGGGGGUCCAAGGGAUUUGGGUUUGUCACUUUCGAGAGUGCAGCUGAGGCCGACCGAGCACGAGAAAAGCUGAAUGGGACGAUUGUGGAGGGGAGAAAGAUUGAGGUUAAUAACGCCACUGCCAGAGUCGUUACCAAGAAGCCCCAGACGCCUCUUGUGAAUGGUGAAAUUUCAACUUCUGGAUGGAAGAUCAACCCCGUCAUGGGGGCGAUGUACGCACCUGAACUCUACACAGUUGCCAGUUUCCCGUAUCCCGUAGCAACUCCCACCUUGGCCUACCGGGGCUCUGCACUGCGUGGGCGGGGCCGAGCUGUGUACAACACAAUCCGCUCUGCUGCAGCCACACCUGCUGCUGUACCCACCUACCCAGGGGUGGUGUAUCAGGAUGGACUGUACGGAGCAGAAGUUUAUGGCGGCUAUCCUGCUGCUUAUAGAGUGGCUCAGUCAGCGUCUGCUGCCACGGCAACCUACAGCGAUGGAUACGGACGGGUGUACGCCACAGCUGCGGAUCCCUACCACCACUCAGUUGGACCAACAACGACAUAUGGAGUUGGCACAAUGGCCAGUUUGUACAGAGGAGGAUAUAACCGCUUCACCCCGUACUGAGCCGCCCGCGGACAGAAGGGGGGAGACGUCUCUUCUGAACUCUGGGAUUGGCCGAUCCGUGGACGCUGCAGGACAGAGUGUGAGAUCCUUGGAAAUGUUUUUACUUCCUGCCUCCAUCACAACCUCUCCUCGAGAGACUAAACAGACUGAAGUUGUAAAUAGUGUAGGACCCAUUUACCGUCCACUCUACUGAUGAAUACUUAGCACCUGGAAGAGGAUGUUAUGUAAUAUAUUCACAGUUGCUUAAAAAAGGAGUAUUGUUCUAUGAUUUUAAAGACGUUGGCUAACACUACGGAAGAUUGUGAAUUGUACUGUGAGAAUGAAUUUUUUUGAGUAAUAUAUGGGGUUUUUUUCAAAUUUCACGGGUCAAACUGUACAAAGUGAGAAGUUUGUACAAUGUUAAAUGACUUAUUUAUGAUGACAAUUAUUUACUAAAUCUCUGAGUGUGUGUGUGUGUGUGUGUGUGUGUGUGUGUGUGUGUGUGUGUGUGUGUGUACGCGUGUGUGUGACGAUUACACAUCAACAUUGUUCAAUAGGGUUGUACCAAAUGUCAUUUUUUUUUGCAUGUCUAUUAAACCUGGUAGUUCUGCACAGCUGCAGAUAAAGAUUAGGCUACACUGAUAUUAUUAGUGUUACUCUAUUUGUACAAUUGAAUCACAGCGGUAGCUUAGCAAAAGUCAAAAUUAACUGAAAAAAGAUUCACACCUCACCCAACUGUUUUGCACGAACCACUGUAAAUGGGGUGUUCGAGCAACAAUUUGUUAGCAGCAUAAAUUGCAUUUACUCAUUAGAGAAAGUUGAUUAAAAAAAUAUUAAACCAAUUUAAUCCAAUAAAUCACCAUUUUUCAAAUUUAGGACUUUGUUUGAGGAUUUUUUAUUAUUUUUUUAGGUCGAUGCCAUCAUAAAAUAUUAUAAAUAAACAUCCAAAGCUUCAUUCAAAAACCUCAAUAGAAGCUUUAAAUGUGAUAAAGACAUUCGGUACAGCCCUGUUGUUCAGUUACCUGGUUGACCGAGAGACAGCUGUGACACUGACUGAUCAUUACUACAAACAGCAGAACUAAUGUUUAUCUGGAUAUAGCUGGAAUUUCUUUUUUUUGUUGUUGAUUUGCCUUUCUAACCAUCUACCUCUCGUACAUUUGUAGCAGCUGUCCGUAUUAAUUAAUCCUGUAUCCUUCUCUGUUUGUGAUCUUUGAUUCGGCAAAGCUUUUUCUUCCUCACUUUUCUGUCCAUAAAUGCUGAUUUAGUCUCGUUUUAUAGUUUCCGUGGCUCUGUACCUCACUACUGAUGAGCCUGAUGCCUGUCGACUGUUAUUUCUCCUCACACUCACCCAG